GGAGGAUUGUUGGCGAACGCAGCGGAUACUCCAUCAGCUUUGUCGUCGAACUUGGAAUUCCUGCUGACAAUCAUCAGGCGCAUUUUCGAACAUGCUUUUCCAUUUUCGCGGCAGCUGGUAGAGCCGCGCAUGCGCAUAAGAAGCGCGACAAGAAAAAUAAGAUGGCCGACCAGCGAAACAAAUAGAGCGCCGUUGUAAAUAACAAACCGUCCGAGUACGUUGCAAAAGGAAAUUUUCUACGAGAACGCAUGGUGCACGAUAUACUGGAAGCGCCUCGGUGUCGCCAGUUCGUGUGCUCGCGUCGUGGGUCAUAUUCGCGACGUACAACGUGCAACCGCGAGUUCAGCCACGAUUCAUCGUUGAAUGCGUCACGCGUGUACGGUAGAAUCAAGGAGAUCGGUGAGGGAAGCAAGGAAUCGAGGAACACCAUCGCCAGGAUGCAAUUGCGAAAGCGAAUCUACCUCGCGCCACGUCUUUACCUGCGGCUCGCCUAGCUCCUCAUGCUAGUCUCGUCUUCCGAAUUGCUUGGAACACAGCAUGAAGGAGAUGCUUGGAGGGUGCUGCGUGUGUUCUGACGAGAGGGGUUGGACUGAAAAUCCGUUGGUGUAUUGCGAUGGUCAAGGUUGCACAGUUGCUGUACACCAAGCUUGCUAUGGUAUCGUCACAGUGCCAACAGGACCAUGGUACUGUAGAAAGUGCGAAUCACAAGAGCGUAGUGCCCGUGUGCGCUGCGAGUUAUGUCCAAGCCGUGAUGGAGCUCUUAAGAGAACAGAUCAGGCUGGCUGGGCACACGUGGUUUGUGCAUUGUACAUACCGGAAGUUAGAUUUGGUAACGUGACAACCAUGGAACCGAUCAUUUUGCAACUUAUACCAUCAGAAAGGUUUAGUAAGUCGUGUUAUAUAUGCGAAGAACAAGGAAGGGGUAGCAGAGCAAAUGUAGGAGCCUGUAUGCAGUGUAACAAGACUGGCUGCAGGCAGCAAUUUCAUGUUACGUGUGCUCAGGCUCUUGGCUUGCUCUGCGAAGAAGCUGGCAACUAUCUUGAUAACGUAAAAUACUGUGGAUACUGCCAGCAUCAUUAUUCAAAAUUGAAAAAGGGUGGUAAUGUAAAAACCAUACCACCUUACAAGCCAAUACCAGCUGAUAAUGGCUCAUCAGAUUCGUCACCUGAAAAGGAAGCAGAGACUCCGAUAAAAUCUUCAUCAAGUGGUAAAAGAAAGAGUUCAAGUUCCAAAUCCACUACCAAUUCUAAAAACAAAUCCAAUACUAGUCCAAGUCUAGAAAUAAAUGGCGUUGCUGACGACAAAAGCAGCAGCGGCCGUAAUACACCCAAAGACAACACCACAAAUUCCAGUAAAUUCACAACUUCAAACUUCGUAGAGACAAUCGUCACCCAAUCGGAGAGUGUGUUCGGACAUGAUGGCACUACUUCCACUACUGCUGUAGCAGCCGCAACGAUUAAAUCGGGAUCGAACUCGAACUCGGGGCAUAAAAGCGGCGGACAAACGAAAUCGAACUCUUCGUCGUCGAACAAGACGUCGAGUCACAGUAAAAAAAGAAAAACGGGAGCCCGUACCCCAACGGUAAUAGGAAAUGAAAAUUCGAACCAAUCGGUCAGCUCGGAAGCCAGCGGAUCGGUUGUUGUCGCUGUCAGUUCCAUUGUACAACAAGCUGUAUCAAGCAAUAACAUACAGACAACCAUUACGGAAGCUACAAGCUUGAGUACAACUACCGAACCGGAAAAAUCAAAAAAGUUGAAGGUUGAGAGUCCAAUUCAAUCGUCAAAUACUCCAGUCACUACAGAAGCGACUACCACACCUGUGAUAAUGACGGUAACGCAGUCUCAGUCAUCAACAAUUGCUCAGUCACCCACGACUACUUCAAACAGCAUAGUGGUGUCCGUUCCGUUGACCGCGACUUCUCUGUCUAAUACGGUGCAGAGUGUAGUUACAAGCGCGCCGACGCUUUAUCAGCAACUCCAGCAAAGUAUCAUCACCACCGCGGCAAACAUGGAAGCUAGAGCGAACGCUGUGUCGAAUUCUGAAAGAUUUGUAAACGAAGAAGCUCCCGCCAAGAGAUCUCGUUCUCAGUCAUCUGAUAAACAAGACAAAUCUCGAAAGCCAAAGCGUGGGUCAUCGAACAGUCAACCAGCAUUGGCUCAAGCGCAAGUACCGUCGCAGCCUCACCAGCAGCAACAGCAACAGCAAUCUCAACCAUCAGCUUCUUCUGUUGUAACAUCGGUAUCCAGCAGUGCGGUAGUAACAACAUCUAAACGGGGUGGAAGAAGCAACCAUCAGACUCCCCCACCCGCCAUAACUGUUGCACCCAUACCAUCCAUUAUUCAAGGGCCAACAUUAGGCACCGGUCACUUUAGCAGUGUUAAUUCUGGCUCCACGAAUCUAAUGGGUCCUACCGUCAAAGAGUCUCCUCCAAGUAGUCCUGGUUCAGAGAGUAUGAGUAGUAAUGGACCGGGAAGAAGAAAGAGGAAAAGUGCUAGUGCAGCUUCUACGACACCUACACCCUCUGCGUCCAGUACUCCAACGCUGACACAUCCUAAAGAGGAGAAAGAUAUUAAGUUAUUUCAGAAUGGAGUUAGUGCGCCUCAUAUGUUAGGAAAUCAGUUGAAUCCAACUUCGACAAUGGCACAAAAAAUGUCUGAUACGCUUUCGCAAGAGCUAGAAGCACACUCUAUUUUUACAGAAGCUAGUAAUUCGACGACGAAUUUAGUUGGUCCACAGCUGCACAGUCGAGUGAUCGCGUCUAUACGAUCCAAUCAAACAGGUGCACCACCCACAUCGUUUUCUUCAGUUUUUAAUACAAACAGCAAUACAAACUCCAACAUGAAUAUUAAUAGUAAUGCAAGUGCUAGCGUUAAUAUCGCCGGUACCGGUGCUUUGGGAGGUGGAACGAUACCCCAAACGUUGGAUCAGCUUCUGGAGAGGCAGUGGGAACAGGGAAGUCAGUUUCUGAUGGAGCAAGCUCAACACUUUGACAUUGCUUCCCUACUUUCGUGUCUUCAUCAGUUGAGAGCAGAGAACCUUAGGCUAGAGGAACAUGUAAAUAGUCUUUUGCAAAGGAGAGAUCACUUAUUGGCUGUGAAUGCUAGACUUGCUAUCCCACUGACGACUCAGCCUAGUGCACAUCCUGUGAACAACAUACACCCAAACGUUAACCCGUCGCACCCCAAUGUUCCACACCCCGAAGUACCUCCAGGAGCGGCGGCUCCGGUUCCAAGAGUGAAUCGCGAACCUCGAGUGAACAACACGUACAUGCCGCACUCGAGCGCGAGUAAUCACUCGGCGGGGUUAGAAAACGGCUUACCGCCGGAUCCUUCCCCUCCAGCCGCGGCUUCUCUGUCUCAGUAUCAACACCGAACGUCGUUGGUCGCGCCCCAGCCGAGUCCAACGAUCAGACACAGUCCUGCCGGGAGCGGGUACCAUCAAGGGCAGCCGAGCAAUAUAGUAUCCCCGGCGCCGACUGGUAAUUCUGGAGUGGUUAGGAAUUCGUCCGUCACGCCAGAUCCAGUGCGCGGAGUACCAAGGUCAGUGCCACAGUCGUCGAGCAAUUACAUGCCUUCGAUGUAUCAGCCUACCGUGUCCAGUCUAACGAGCAAUCAAGUGGGUAACGUUCAUAACCUUCACUCGCACGGACCAUCUCCGCCCAGCCACGGGCCGCCGGGGAAACCCAGCUGAAGAUAGAUGCAAAGAAUCAACAGAGAAGAGCAUGCUGCAUCCGUUGACCGACGUAAUAAUAAUAAAACUUGAGGGAUAAAGAAAAUUGUCUCAUCCUCAAGAUCGGCUUCACGUGCUUCUUCAACGAGAAUCGGAUAACCGACUGGGGUUUCUGCUCGGUCAUUUUGCAUUAGUAGGAUAAAACUGAACACCGUUAGUCAGAAAGAAAGCAUUUGCAUUUAUCGUUUAAAGGUUAUGUCGAUUCAUAAUUUCAUUCGCGAGCGAAUGAGAUUCUAUGAAUUCAUACGUUUUUAUAUUCACAUUUCCAAUCUCUCAGCAAAUUUCACAGGUAAUAGUAUCUAGAUUGGUAGAUUGAUUUCACAAACACGAAAAUUGACAAGCAUUAUAAAAUAGAGAGGCCUUGUAGUUUAAAGCGAAGAAAUGGUUACUUCUAGACUUAGAGAGACAGUAUCACUCGUUCUUUCGUUUUUCAUUGGUUGCACGUUGUCGAGCACGUCUGAGACAAUCUAUUUAUCGUCGGCAUCGUAAAGAGAGAAAACAUUGAAAAGAUUUGAAAAAAAAAAAAGGAAGAAAAAAAUGAAACGGCAAAUCCACAGAUGUACAAAUUUUAGACUGUAAGUUAAUCUAUCGCGACGAAUAGCAAUAAUAUUACGAGUAGGUGUACAUUUUAACGAGAGGUUACAAUUGCGUGUAAGUCUGGUGGUACGACAAAGUCGCCCGUAUUGUUUUUACAUAGGCAUUUUUUGCUGAACGAUUCCAUCGACAUCGAUUUUUAAAAAAUGCCGUGCCGUGUACAAUAGUGAUGUGCGGUCGGACUAUUCGGGUCGGUUCGGGAAACAUCGGGCGGGCUCGGGCGGGUGUCCGAUGCAUACGUGCAGUCGGGUGGCUCGGCUGUCGGCUCAGGUCGGAUGGAGUCGGGCAGGUUCGGAUACGAGAGUUGGGUCGCGGACCGCGGCCCGCGGGAGCUCGUCCGAAUCAGUCCGACUGUACCCGACCGAAGCCGAAGUAGUCUGGCUACUCGACUGCGCGCAUGCAUCGCUCAACCGCCCGACACCGCCCGAUCUUUUCCGAGCCCACCCGAGCCCGUAAUAUCAGGUACAAUGUUUUGGGGAUUUCCUUUAGCGCGCCACUUAUGUCGCAAGGCUAACACCUUCGUAAUGAAUUGUAAUAUACAAUUGACCUAUUUCACAGUCGAAUCAAUGUAUAUUCUAAUCUUAUACAUAUAGAAACAUACUACUUUAGACGUAUAACUCGAGCACUGCCUUCCACCAAUAAACUCGCUGUGAAACAGGUUGAUAAAUAGUCUUUAGAGCGAAUACAUGAUUUGUUUUUACGUUACUUAGGAACCGCUUGAAUUGCAACCUUAAGUUCCGGAUCUUCGAUGAUGGGAUGCGUUAGUGUUUUCCUGGUUCAUUUGCGAUUCAUCUUUCUUCGUUGCUAGUACCUUACCUUUCUCGAUGGCAGCACACAUACACAGAUACACUUUUAAUUGUACAUACAUGCAUUGUCAUUCAACUUUAGUUAAUUAUUUUAUACAAGUACGCGAAAUUAGAUAAAUUCGAACAUGCGAGGGAUACUUUUGAGUGGAACGCUUUGCUUUUCACGUAUCGCCAAUCGAUGAACAUUUUAACUGAAAGUGAUAAGAAAGUAAAAUAAUGAUUGAACGUGACGGAAAAUCUGUCUUUCCGUUUUAAUGUCAAAAGCAUGAAUUUAUUUCGUUUUCUUAUUAAUUUUCAACUGUUAAAAUUAGAGUUUGCAUUUAAUUAUACAGAAUGGAAUUUUUUUUUUUUUUUACAUAAAGUUAA